AUGCUUUUCAGUCUUCUGCAAUUUCUUUCGUCACGCGGGGAGAAGACACCGCACUCGUUGCGUUGUUGUCAUCGACUAACGUAUUUUUAUCUGAGCCCUGUGCUUUUCAGUUCUUGCUCGUAUUCUUGCGGAAUAGCUGACCAACAGCACAGGACAAGCACCGAUCGGUUAACACUGAGCCCUGUGCUUUUCAGUUCUUGCUCGUAUUCUUGCGGAAUAGCUGACCAACAGCACAAGACAAGCACCGAUCGGUUAACACUGAGCCCUGUGCUUAAACGGCACUCCUACGUACUGCACAAUUACAUGAGUGAUAGCAAAUAAAGAUGAUUG